AUGAAGAACAAACUAGAGAACAUUUGGAAACUCAUGGGAGGAAUUGAGUUAAUGGACGUCGGAAAUGCUUUUUACAUGGUCAAGUUUGAUGGAGAGGAAGACAAAAACAAAGUCAUCAAUGAAGGUCCAUGGAUGAUAUAUGAUCGUUAUUUGACGGUGCGACAAUGGACACCUAAUUUUAAUGCUUCCACCGCAAAGAUUGACAAAACCAUGGCGUGGAUACGAAUUCCGAGUCUUAAUCUUGUUUUCUACGAUGAGAGUGUCUUAUGGGCUAUAGCUUCAAUGGUAGGAAAUCCUAUCAAAGUGGAUCUUCAAACUUUGAAGGUUGCUCGAGGAAGAUUCGCUCGUAUGUGUGUUGAAGUUGAUCUCACAAAGCCGGUGGUUGGUCGCGUAGGGAUAAACGGCGAAUGGUAUCAAGUGCAAUACGAGGGUCUACACAUAAUUUGUACACACUGUGGUUGUUAUGGCCAUUUGAUGAAAGAUUGUGCGCCGCCGACGAAGCAAUCAGUAACAGAUGUUCAUGACAGUGGCAGGAAGAAUGAACGUGAAAAAAAAACGAGUGAACCGGUCCCUAAAUCAACUGAACCGGUCCUUAAACUCGCUGAACCAGGAACUGAACCAACCAAGCAAGUUGAACCGGAUGUUGAACGAUUUGGAAAUAAUCAAAAUAGUACCGUUGCUAAUAAUGCAGCUAUUAAUGGGGAGGAAAAAAAUAGUAUGGAAGUUAAUAACAUUCCUAAUUUGUUGCAUGGUGAUUGGAUCAAGGUUCAAAGAAAAAAAAGAAACAAUAAAUCCAAGAAUCAUGGCAAUAAUGAGCUAUUAAAAGGGGGGCAAUUACAACAACAUACCAAAUACGGAUUCCCUGAUAAGGAAAGUUAUCUCAAUAUGAAAAAGAAGAUCCAAAAUGAAGAAAUGGACCCGCUUAUUGGACCUAACCAAAAAGCUAAGGUCUGA